GACAAGAGAUACUUCCGGCCGGCGGAGGUCGAUAAUCUGAAGGGCGACGCAAGCAGAGCGAAGAAGGUGCUGGGAUGGAAACCAAAGGUUGGAUUUGAGAAGCUGGUGAAGAUGAUGGUGGAUGAAGACGUUGAAAUGGCCAAGCGGGAGAAGGUUCUGGUCGACGCCGGCUUUAUGGAUGCUCAGCAGCAACCUUGAUCAGAUCAGAUAGAGCCGACCCCCUUCAACUGCCAAGUAGAGAUUCUACUGAAGCACCGACACAAUGAAUGUGAUUCUACUGAAAAUGGGUCACAUGGUGGAUUCUAAAGGGCAAAGGAGAAGGCUACGUCGGUGGAUGAAAUGGCCUGAGGAAGGUUCUUAAUAUGGCUGUGGCCUCUGCCUGGGCGGCCGGUCGGCGGGUGGUGAGACUAGGGGGAGCCCACUCUUACAGGGGGGUGACACUGCUCUGCU